AAUUUAAAUAUACUGCAAUGGUAUACUAUAGCAUAUUUAUGAAUUGAGUUGAUUAUUUUAUCUAGUAAUUAGAUAUACUGCAAUAGUAUACUAUAAUUAUAUCAUAUGUGAUAUAUUUCCUGAAAUAGUGAGAUAUGAUAUAUAAUUUAUUACCUAAUAUAAUGUAAAACAUAAUGUGUGCUUUAAUAAGGGAAGAUAUUAAAUGAUUUAAUAUAAAUGCCCUUUAGAUCAUAGCCAUAGAUUUUGAAUAAAUCUAACGGAUGUCUACGGUCCUAAGUUCUAAUUCUAGUAUAGGUUCUGACUUGAACCUCACCCAUAUAUAUAUAUAUAUAUAUAUAUAUAUAUAUAUUCACAUAGCAGAUAAGUAUUCCAACAUUGUGUAUGUUAUAUAGGCUAGCAACCAAUACAUGUUUUUUUUCCUGCAGUUAUUGUUCUUUUAAUAAUUUAGAUUUGGUUGGUUGUUUGGUUUGGGAAAAGCUCACUCAGAGUUUAGUGCAGUUAUAAAUAAGUUGAGCUUGAACAUAUUUUUUGGGAUCGAUUUAUAAAUGAGCAGAACUUGAUCACAAUAGAAUUUGGCUCCAUAUUUUGUGAAUUAGUUCGAUUGAAUGUGCUUGUAGACAUUUGCAAACAAGUUCGAUAAGUAAAUGUGUGAACAAGUUGGAUAUAUGGUUUCAUUAGUAGUUAUAAUUAGGCUCAUACUCGAUUAUUAAAAUAUACUUGGUUCCCUUAUCUUAUUAUAUUAGUUUAAGCUUCUUAUUUUUUUACUAGAUAAUAUAUGGGUCAUGUUCCAGAGAGAACCAUUAGAGAGAGAACCAUAGAACUCUUACCUUAUUAGGUAAGGGUUCUACAGCAGAACUUUUAAGUAUUAGUUGGAGUUCUGCAGCAGAACUUCACAAAAAAAUGUCAAUAUCUAUGGAUUAUAUUUUUAAAUUAUUUUUGAACACACACAACGAUGAAAAAACAUGAAAAAGACAUGUAUUUAAAUUUAGAUCCUAAAAAUCUAUUUAAAAUUUAGGGUUCUGCAGCAGAACCCUAGUGGUUCUAUGGUUCUAUUUUAAGGAGUGGUUCUCUUUUGAGCGCGACCCUAUAUAUAUAUUGUAUUGUUGUGAUGGACAAUUUUCAUUGUUAACAAUAUACAAAAAGCAAUAUUCCUAUGAUUUGAGCACAAGCUCGCGAAAAUGUUUAUGAUAUAUUCAUUACAACAAAUUUACAAAUAUGCAUGUGAUGUUGAUGAAUUGUUCGUGACAAUUAAGGUUGAGAGCUUCGUGAGCAAUAUUUAUUAUUUAUUUGUUACAACAAAUUGAAAAUAUGUUAGUGAUGUUUAUGUUAAUGAGUUGUUUGCGAGCACAUGAUUGUAAAACAUGAACCCUUUGUGAAGAUCUCUUUCUUUACUGAACCAAACUAAACUCUCUUGUUUGGCUCAAUCCAAGCUCAAAUAGAGUUCAAGUUCAAACUCGAUGCUUUUUUAUUGCGCGAUACAUCAUUACUCUACAAUUUAGUUCGGUUGCCCAUUUAAAGCCCUACUCAUAUAACUUAACUAUACAUUGUAAUGCGAUGAGAGAAACACUAGGUGCCCGAAUAAAAAAUAAGGAAAAAAGUUCCUUAUGCUAAGUGCGCUACGUGGCCUUCUAUAAAAUAGAUUAGUGUCCAUCUGCCAUGUGUAUACAUAUAAGAAAACCAUCUGUAUAUAUGUCAACUAAAAGAACUUAAUAAGUGUGAACUUACCGAAUAUGUUUUGACAAAAAGUGGAGAUCCAUCAAGUUUAAGAUCAGGAAGAAUAAGAAGUGAAAGGCCUCAAGCAGAGCAGCGGUGAAGGAAAAAUAAUAAAUAAAUAAAAUUUCUGCUCCAAGCUUCUACAUUUACGUGGAGAUCCAUCAAGUUUAAGAUCUGGAAAAAUAGGAAGGAAGCGAAAGGCCUCAAGCAGAGCAGCGGUGAAGGAAAAAUAAUAAAUAAUCAAAUUUCUGCUCCAAGCUUCUACAUUUCCGGUAUUUCUACUUCUCAUUUCAACCAUCUUGUAUUAAGACAAUGACGAGGGACUUGCAACUAUCUGUAAAGGAGUUGCAAUUAUCUGUAAGGGAGGCAACAUCAAUAUUUGAGUUACCGGAAGAGCUUCUCAUAGAAAUCCUCUCAAGACUGCCAGCGAGAUCACUUCUGAGCUGCCGACGCGUGUGCCAGCGCUUUAACAUAGUGACCAGAAGUCCUAAUCUUAUAGCUACUCAUGUCAAGCGCGCCAGCACUUUAAAUACCACCAAGUUUUGUUCAGCUUUCAUUUUUGGAAGUAAUUGGAUUGGAGGCGGAUAUGAGCACAUUCUUCUUAAGAACACAAAUGAUUCUGUAACUUUUUCGUAUGUGAGGCCAAGUAAUCCUCUCUCAUGCAACAUCUCAAUUGUAGGUUGCUGCAAUGGUCUUUUUUGUGCUGAAGUUGAGUCCCCUUGUGAUGAGAAUGGAGGUCACUUUUUGAUCUGGAAUCCUAUUACCAGAGAAAACCGUUAUGUUUUGAAACCAAAUGUUAACUCUUCAAGAAAUCCAUAUAUUAUUGCUCUUGCAUUUGGUUACAGCCACAACACCAAUGAUUAUAAGGUGGUAAGGAUUGUUUCUUAUCCUAAUCAAGGGAAAUCUUCAGUAACAGUAGAGGUGUAUAAGAUGACCACCGAAGACUGGAGUGUAUACGAUGUAACAACUCUUCCAUGUUCUGAGCCUGAUCAAGUGCCCUCUCAAUUCAAUGAUCCAUUGAUACUCUUCGGUAUCUCUUCUCCUUAUUUCAUCCGACCUUUGAAACAGGCAUUUCACUGGAUUACUGAUUCCGCAGGUAUUGAGGAUAGACUUUCGAAAGCAGUAGUGUCAUUCGACAUCGAAGAAGAACAACUCAAUUUUUUUUCUUGGCUGGAUCCUUUUAAAAUUCCUCUUGAAGAGCCAGUGAUAAUCGAUACAUUGAAUGAUUCACUUUCACUGCUUGUUCCUCACCUCAGUUUUCUGAACUCAAGCUUUGAUAUAUGGGUGAUGGAUGACUACGGGAAACAGGCAUCUUGGACUAGGCGGUUUACUGUUGAGCAGUUUGAUGGACUUGCACGGCCAGUAGGAUAUUGGACAGAUGAUCUUCUUAUAAUGACAACAUAUGAGAGAAAUUUGUUUUUUUAUAACCUUAAAACACAAGAACUGAAGAUCUCUCCAUUUUUGAGGUGUUUGACUACAUUCUGUGAUUAUGUUGAAACUUUGGAAACAGUCAGCCGGGAGAUUGCAGAUGCAGGAAGGGCUGUUCAGUGAGGCUUUGAAUCUGGAGCAGGUGGAGCUUUUCUGGAGAUAUAUAUGAAAAGACACUAUUCUCUAGUUGCUGGUAUUAUCUCUACUGCCUAUAUGCACACUAGUCUUAGCUGGCCAAAGUGUUUACAAAAGACUAGCUGCCGCCCAUUUCUCAUUUCUGUUGUCCAAGGUUGGUGUUCAGGACCUCCAUUCUCCAGCUUGACGGGUAGUAUUAAACACAGCGAUCGUUUCAAUUUACUGCAGAGCAGUUUCCUAUUAGUUUCUUUGUUCGCGUACUUCCCUAAAAUUUUAGGUUUAUUAUUCUGUUUCCUAUGUAGAGAGCAUUGCGCAAAAAGUUCUGGCAGAGAAGAAACACUCACUUCUUUGACUCUUUACCCAGAGUGUGCAGAAUGUAUUAAAACAAAGUGGUUAAACGGUUUGCUAGGUAUAUUUGUGGUUUUAUAAAUCACAAAUAUAUUUGCUAGGUUAUAUAUUUGUGGUUUUAUAAACAGUUUGCUAGGUUAUAUAUAUUUGUGGUUAAACAGUUUGCUAGAGUGGGCUGGCAUUGCAUUUGAGCCCGUGAUUUCAUA